CCUCAAUUAUAUUAUUUCACCAAUGGCCUGUUUAAUAUGAUAGUCAUCCCUUCAAUAGCCACCAAGUGCAUACCAUGCUCAAAUGACCACAGAAGAACAGAAAUCCAGCAAGCAAAACACAAAAUCCAUAUACACUUUCCAUCCCAUAUUACUUAUUCACCCUCGGAUCCUCAACCAAUCCCACUCCUCGUCUCCUGCACAACAUACAUAGCCGUCUCACACACCGAAACAUGCGCACACCCCAAAAUCUCACUUUUCUUAAAACUCAUCCCAAUAACCGCAUUUAAACCCCUAGAUACACUAUCCAGAACCAUCCUUUCCGUCGCCUGGUCGUUCGCACCUUAGAUCAUGUCUGUGAUGCUCUUCACCUCGCUGCCGAUCCCCACGCUUUUCGGAAAGGAUUUGUGUCCUUGCGCGCUACCAUGAUGCUACCGUGCAAGCUACCGAUGACGCGGACGAUUCGGUAGCCUGGUAGAUGGGGUAGGGUGGAGGUGUCAG